AGUAUAAUAGUCCAAGAGUUUAUGGUCCAAUGAAUUUGUAAUCUGAGACUACUAUAACACAUGUGUUAUAGUAGUCUCAGUUGUAAUGUAGCAACAAAACGAGCUUGUUUGACCCAUAUUUGUCAACUUCUUUUAUUGAAAUUAUGUAAUAAGUAGGCUAAUACAUUGUAUAUCUCCUUGUAAUUCUUUCAAAAUUCGCAAUGUUUCUGUUUUUCUUCUUCUUCAGUUUCAGAAAACCAUCAACAUACUGAUGUUUACUUUCCGGCGCAUACCUGGUAAAAUUUUUUCAAAUUUGUGUAUUUAUAAAUGUAGUUAAACAUAGAUUGUCAAUUUUUUUGUAUUCCAUAUUUUUGUAUAUUUGUUAUAUUAUUAUUCAUUUUUACAAUUUUUCUUUGUUUUUAGAUUUUUCGUUUUUAUGUAGUUUUUCUAAUAUUUCAUUUUUUAUUUUUAUUUUUAAUUUAAGAUAAAAACAUGAUUAAAGUCACAUAUAGCUCAUCUUUACCUGUAUAAUCCUAACAAAAUACACGAGUUAAAAUUUGUUUGUGAAAAUGUUUUGGACAUCCCAAGGCCAAAUGAAAAAUUUCUGAAGAAACCGACGUAACUAUCUCCGUGCUUAUUCUAGAUGAUUUAUUUUCGAGUAGUCAAGCAAAAUCUUAGCUGCAAAAUAUUGUACCCAUUUUAACAUCUAUACAUAAAUUGAUGACGUUUUUCACGUCAAUAAAGGGUUUGUCUGGCCUGGCUGAGAGCAUCCUCGCAUUCUUUGAAUAGUUCCUCUAUUUUAGCAGCUGGAACCAAGAUGGCUUCAGCUGGAGACGACAAAGAUCUGAAAAGAUGUCGUAGGUUGUUGAAUUACUACACAGAAGGCAGUGUGUACAAGGUAUUGGGUCGUACUUACAGUAAAGAAAACACUGCAUGUCUCGUUCAUAUGCUAGAAGAAAAACGUGGCAAGGAAAUACUAGCAGAAGUAGAAAAAUAUAACGACAAUUGUACCCCUUUACAGAAAGACAUGCUUCUUUUCACUGUAGCACUGUGUAUGAAGUCAAAGGACAUUGAAUUAAAACAGCAUGCUAACAAAACUUUCUUAUUACUUUGUAAAACUGCCAAGGAACUAUUCACAUUUAUACAAUUUCAUAAAAAAUUGUCAGGUGAUACAAAUUCACGAGGAUAUGGACGUUCAUUACGACGUACAUUGAAUGAAUGGUAUAACAGACAAGAUCCCAUGGACCUUGCUAUUUUAGUUAUGAAGGAAUCCGCAUGUGGUGGAUGGUCACACUCAAAUGUUCUUCGCUUAGCACAUAUCAAGGGAAAAUCUGAAGGAACAGCCAUAAUAUUAACAUACUUAGUUAAAGGAAUAGAAGAGUUAAAGAAAUUAGGCGAACAACCUGAGAAUGUUCAGAAAGUUGUAGACUACCUCAAAACCAUCCAUUCUGUACGUACCUCGACUGACGAGCACCAAGUGGCCAGACUCAUCGAACAACAUCACUUAGGAAAACAACAAGUGCUUCCUGCUCUUCUUAACUCAAAAGAGAUUUGGGGAGCUUUGGUAUCUGAGAUGACAGCUGGAGAAGUUUUAGAGAACUUUAACAAACUUGCCAGUGUUGGGUUCCUAGAGAUUGCUCAUGAUGGCAGUAAGAAAAUUGUAGAAAUGUUACGCAGCGAGGAAGUCCUCCAGAAGUCCAACAUACAACCAAUAGAUGUGGUAAUGGCCUUAUCAGCAUAUGAACAUGGUAAAGCAGGGAAGGUGACCUGGAUGAGGAACGAGGCAGUCAUUGAUGCACUCAACUUUGCCCUUGAAUCCACCAUGAAGGUUAAUGAAUCUAACAACGCCAAGUCUACAAACAAGCGUUACCUUAUUGGAGUCCGAGUUGGAUCAAACACGAAAAAAUCCACUGUUCGGGGUACACAGUCACUUCCUUCCCUGGUUGCUGCUUCUGCUAUUGCCAUGGUUACUGCUAGGAAAGAAGACAAGGUCCAGCUAGUUUAUUUCGCAGACAAGGCCACAGAGUUGACCUUGACUUCAGAAUCAUCCCUGAAAGAAAUUACUGAAGAAAUAUCAAAACAGAUUUUAGUUUCGGCAGCACUUCCUCCAGUAGGGACUGGUGAUACGCCAAAGCAACCAUGUGACCUAACUGCACCAAUCAGAUGGGCAACUGAAAACAGCAAACAAAUUGAUGUAUUUAUCAAUAUAACAGAUUCACUUGAUAGAACAGGGGACAUAACUCCAUCAAAGGCACUCAUGCAAUACAGAAAGGAGAUGAAUAUGCCAAAAGCCAAGUUAGUGUCAUGUGGACUUUGUAAUGCCAACAUGAAGACAGCUGACCCUAAUGACCCCAGAAUGAUUGACAUUGCUGGAUUUGAUGCAACAGUUCCUUCUGUCAUUAACAAGUUUAUAUUGGAUGAAUGUUGACACCGUCCACUGUGUUAAAACAGCAAGGUCCAGCAAACUUGCCACAUAAUUCUAGUCCAAGAAGGAUUUGUGGACAACAUAUAGCUUUUUUUGGCACAAUUAUAGUGCUUCCUAAGGUUGUCAGUUGCUUGCCUAUUGUUUUUGUUUCAAGGCAGGAGGAACACAUAUAAUUCCGGCAAAAGUUCUGUGAUGAAAAAUAUAACCCGUCUCUUAGACCAAGUGAACUGUGAACUACACAAGGAAUUUAAAACUUCAGUUGUUAUUUCAUAUAUUUCGAACAUUUUUUGUUUAUUUAUGUUUUCAGAGUCCUUUUUUUUAAGAGGUGAAGUUCCAACAUUUUUUGUGGAAUUUAUGACUGAGACAAUUCCAAAGCAAAUAUUUUAUUGAUUAAUGCAAUGAACAUAUGAUUUGUAAAUUGGAAAUAUUUUAUGCCUUUUUGAUAUUUGAAUAUUUUGUUUUUAUUUAUUUAUAUAUCAUAUUUAACAAUGUUGUAAGUGCAAAGGUCAAGAUGUUAGCAAUUUUUGUUUUUGUUAUUUGUCAAUUUUCUUUUGUUUUAUAUGGAUUAGGUAUUUAAGAAAGAAGUUUAUGUUAAGAAUACUUUAUUUUUAAGAAAUGCAUGCAUACAAAAAAAAAAAAAAAAUUAUAUAUAGCUAAAAAAAAACUCAACAGCUUCCAAUUAUGUUCAUACUAUAUAAGUUUAAAAGCGUUGAAAAAAAAACCCAAAUAAAAUGACUAAAACGACGAAAUAAAUGUGAGCUAUAUUUUGCUAUUAUAUUUUCUAUAACUUGCCUUGGUGUUAUGAAACUUAAUUUGUUUCCUUUUCCCAGAAGCAAUGCUUGGGUUUGCUUUUAUUAAAAGUACAAAGUUAACUUGCUUUUGUAGUUUCAUAUUAUUAUCAGGAUUGAUCUGAGACCGUGUCAUCAAUCAGCCAACUUCCAAUUCAUGUCCAUUCCAAAAAUGGUCCAAUAGUUAAAUAGUUGCUGCCUCAUUAAUGUAUACCAAACAUCUGGUUUAACACAGAAGAGAAAACCCCCCAAAAUAUCAUUUCAAUGUGUUGUUUUUAUCUUUAUACAUGUUUGUUAAGCUUGGGGUUUUUCAGGAAAUCCAUAUGAUUUGCAGAAAAAUUAUUUACAUAUUAAUUCAUCAUAUGUACUAUUUAUUCAUUUGAUUGAGGUCAACUGAAUGUUAUGCUCUGACAAUAAAACAACCUUAAAAGGUAAAAAAAAUAAUAAGACAGCCUAUUUAUUGUACAGGCAAGAAAAUAAAAAUAUAAUGAAAUAAUAUUAAUAUAUAAAUAUAUUAUUUAUGAUCUGGUGUUUGGUUUGAAAUUUUAUUGUGGAUGUUGACGCUUUUAAGCUUGUGGUGGAUACUAAUCAGAGCUGUGUUAUAAGUGAUGCAAUCCAAACAACUUUUGAAAAAUAAAGUUAUAAAGUAAAACUACUACAUUUUUCUCUUUAAAGAAGUUGAGGAUACCCAUUCAAUUGAAAGAUCAGUCUUACUGACUUCAAUAAACUUUACAAGACUUUCUAUGUAUGAUCAAUUUUGGAACUUGGUAGUUGGGAAAAGAUAAAGACCAUAUCACAUGUUUGCAAAAUUUUCAGUAUUGUAUAUUGGGUUAUAAAUUUUCUUUUGAGAAAACUGUAACUUUUUCUGUAUGUAACUGAAUUUAUUUCUGACAUUAUUAUCUCAAUAUGAUUGGUUUAUCUUUUAUUGUUCUAGAAAUACAAAUGAAAUUUUCAUGCUGUUUUUGCCUGUAAUGAAUUCUGUUUCAUGACUAUGGAUAGUAAUGGAAAUUUUAUCUUUAAACAUAUAAAAUACAAUUCUUGACACUUCUGAUGGUUCACCAGUAUAUUUUCAUCCUUUCCCAGGCCUUCAGAUUGAAAAGCCCUGCAUUUAAAUUGAAUAAUAAUGUUAUCAGUAGCAUAAAAAAGUCUUACAAAAAUACCAACUCAAAAGUAAAUUUAACAAGGUGGAAGUCCAUAAAAUCUGACGAUAAUCAAACGUUAGACUACAUAUCAUAUUUAAAGGGUCAGCAUGCAUUGUAAAAAUUUCUAUGUUAUUUUGAAUUGUAUAUAUAUAUAUCUAUAUAUAGGGCCAAACUUAUAUUGUCUCUUAAAUGUUGGAUAGAAAUACUCAUUAUGUCUUAAAACGAAUUAUGUAUGAAAACUUCCUAUUUUUUGUAUUGAGAAGGAUGUCCAUUUUAUAUAUUUAUUUAAAUAUGCAUAUUUUUGUUAUUAUGUUUGUUGUUUAUUGAAAUUGUAUUUACACCAUGCAUAACUGGCAAUAGUAAAGGACGAAUUCAUAACUAUUAAGCAUUUUUAUUGAAGCCAGACAAAAUUUUGAUCUAAAUAUAUUUGACCUAAUGGGACAGUAAUCAAAAGUCAUUGAAUGAAAAAUAUUUUUUAACAUUUGAUUAAAUCAGUUUUGAAAUUAAAAGUACUUUGAUGUACUGAUAUAAAUUUUAGGGACAAUUGUAUAUAUCAAAUCUUCUUUAAACAUGGAAAUAAUCAAUUAAUUUCAGAAAAGCACUUUGGACACACACAAUUUAUGAAGUGUUAUUUUGAUUUUAAAUCCUGUUGUAACCAUGGUGACAACAAUUAUUCUAAAAGUAUAUAUAUAUAAUUUUUAGCCAUUGAACUGCAGACUUACAGGAUGAUAGAAAUUACCAAACUUAACUAUGCAUUGAAGCAGAGUUGCAAAAUCUGUAAGUUCUUUUAAGUCUUAAUAGGUGUUUUUGGCCAGGUUGUAUGAAGUGCAAACACAGCAAAUAACAGUAGUAUAGUGAAUUUCAUUUGUGCAAAAAAUAAAGGGUACGCAUUUUGUGUUGUCAGUUUUUGCUACAGUUUUCAACACCGCACGUUCAGUCUUUCUAGAAUGGUUUCAUAUAGAUUAAAGAAGUGCACCUAAUUUUGUGUACACAUUUGGAGAAUUUAUGAUUUUCCAGAUGGUGAAACUUACUGUAGUUGACCGACACUAAAAGCUCAUAAAACAUAGAAUUCAAAUCCUCAGGAAAAUGUUUUGCCUUACAUUUACUGCAUCCUUUGUUAACAGUAGUUAAUAGUUCAUUCAGACCAUAUCAGGUUGAAUUUUGAAAGUGACAUUUGUCACCUUUCUCUAAACCUUGUGGUGAAGUGCAAUAUAUCGUCUCUUACAGAUUAAUUCCCUACCAUAUCAUAAUAUUGGUGCUUUAACAGUAAAUGUUAAAACAAAGGUUGUUAACUUUUUACUAAUUGUGGAUUCAUUUAUUUAUGUUGAUUUAAUUUUUAGAGUUGGAUAAAAAUUUGCUAUUUUGAAAGUGCAAGUACUGAAUUUUGUUGAAUCAUCAUUUGCUCCUUUCACUAAAAAUAUGUAUUUCAGUGAGUAUUUAAAUUUGUUGUUUUCUCUUAUCCAAGAAAUCCUCUAAAAAUUGAUAUCCUGUUCAUUAUUAAUGAUUCCACAAUAUUUUGUAUUAAUAUUUACCAUUUGAAUUAUUGCCAAUAUUUAUAAAGAAUCUCACUUUCUUUUUGUGAGUUGUGUUUUUUUUUACUCCAGGAUUUACACUAGUCAAACAUUGUCAUAUUGUAAACAAAGUUGAUCAUUCAUAACUAUUUUGAAGAUCAUACAGUAAACAUAUUUGUCAUUUGUUCAGUUAUAUAAAACACAUGCCACCAUUGUUUAUACAUUGCACUGUACAUACAAGAUAUAUUUAAAAUUUGAAUGCAUAAGAAUAUUAUACUUUAACAGUAAGAUUCAAAAAGAUAUACCUUUUUGCAAGAUUAAUGAUAUUUCUAUACUUUCAUUGCAUGAUCUAAUUAAAACUAUUAGAAAAUUAACCAUUUGAUUUUCUGCAAAGUAAUCAACAUAAAGUAUGAUUCAGUGUUAAAUUUUAAGAAAUUUAAAUUUAUAUUAAUGAAUAUAAAAUGUUUUCAAUGUAAGAUCAAAUAGUUCAGAUAAAUUAUAAGUAUGAUAUUUCCUAUGUUAGUAUUAAGAUGAUUUUUUCUUGUAUAUGAUUAUACAUGUACAAAUAAGAUGAAAUAAUCCAGAGGCAGCAAUAACUAACAAGUAUUUAAUAUAAUGCUACUGAAUUCAUUGUUGUGCUGAAAAUUUAUAAAGCAUAUAAUAUUCUUGGAAUAUUUUCUAUUUUAAAAUAAAGCAAAUUCAGUGAAUGCUAGGAACAGCUGUUAUGAAGGAAGGUAUGCAAUACUGGUUUCCAAAUUAAAACCAAGUGUUUGUUUUUUCUUGUGGCUAUUAGGAAAUGUUUUUUUAUGCAACCCAGUAGCUUCCGCAGCUGUCUUUGAAGUAGGCAGCAUUAUAUUUUAGAUUUCUAUCUUAUAAAAUUUGGGUCCUUAAUGCCUUUCAACUUCGUACUUAUCUGGCCUUUAAACUAUUUUUAUUUGAGUUUCCCUAAUGAGUCGUUUGUAGACAGAACACAUCUGACAUACACAAAUAUAGCCUUGUAUCUUCGAUGAGUUUUUUAAUAGACCAUCAAAGAAUUGAAGAAACUCUCCCGUAUCUUGAUAUAUAUAUAUUUAUAUGUAUUAGCACCUGAGAUCUUUAAUUGGUUUAUAUUUAAUAUUUUAACCUUAAGACAUGUAGCAAAAAAAACAGAUUUGUACAGAAGGAAUUUUAAGUUUGCCCAUUCAUACAUGAACACUGAACCAGAGUCUGUCUGCACAUAGUAUUGCAUUAGAAUCUCAGUUAACAAUUUCUUUCAAAGUAAAUUGUUAGAGUAUUAUUUUCAUUUACAAAUUAUCACUUAUUUAUUAUGAAGUCUGUUCUGAGUAAAUUUAGAAAUGUAUUCAGAAAUUAUGAAUGUUAUGGUCAAAAAGUUGUUGUGAUCAUUAAAUUGAUCAGAUAGAUAUAUUUUUGUGGUACUUGUAAUGUAAUUUUGAUUUUGCUAUGGGCAUUGCAUAUUCUGUUAAUAAAGUAUACUGUAGUACACUUUUA